AUGGCUCGUCCCCCACCCCAAACCCUACUUCUCCUCUUCCUCCUCCUCGGCUCGCUCGCCCCCGCUGUCACCGCGGUGGCGUUCUCGGGCCUCGACGCCUUCCUCGCGUCGGCAGCCGCGCGCGACCCGUCCGCCGGCAACGACACCUUCGCCGCCCUCCCGGCCGCCCUCCGGCGCGCGCUCUCCGCCCGGACCUCCCUCCUCCCUUCCUUCCUUCUCAACCUCUCUGCCACCGUCCCCGUCCACGUCCGCCUCGCGGGCUCCUCCUUCCCGGCCUCCUCCGGGCGGUCCCUCCCUUCUCUCGUCAACGCCGCCGUCUCCUCAGCCCACUUCCUCUCCAGCCGCCGCCCACACCGUCUCGCGGUCUCCCACACCCUCCACCUUGACGUCACCGGCCCCGUCGCGGCGUCCAAGCUCGCCUCUAGCGCUGGCGCCGCCGUCCGCGCGCAUCUCGACAAGUCCCCCGCGCCGUUCCACAAUAACGCGCUCUCCGGCGUUCCCUACUCGCUUGUCGACGAUCUCGUCGCCGAGGACUACCGCGCGCUCGCCGGCUCCGGCCCAGCUGAGGCCGUCUACAUCUACUUGCUCGACCUUGGCAAGCAGCCGCGCCAGUAUGCCUACACCGCGGCCUCCUCCGGCACUGACGCCUCCUCGCCUGGGUACUCCCGCUGCCUCGGCCCCGUCUGGGCUGGUAAGGAUCGGUACAUUUGGAUCGACCUCGGUGCUGGUCCGGUGAACUACGGUCCGGCGCUCUCUGGCGAUGGCGUGCUCCCCCGUGGUGAGUUCCACCCUCUUGCCACCCUUCACGGCAGGCCCAAGUCGGAGAAAGCUCUCCUCGCUGAUCUUGCAUCGCUGGUUCUCAGUGCUUACAAGUCUUUGUUAGUGCCUUCGCUCAGAAUUCCAGUGCAUUAUGAGAACUCGUUGCUUAUUCGGUUCAUUCACAUCCAUGGGGACCGGAAGGAAGAAGAUGUGCUUGAUUUCCGCGUGAUUGAACAGUCAAUUCGUGAUGGGGAUCUACCUUAUGGUGGGCAGAGCUUGAAGUUUGAUAUGCAUACGGUCAAGUACUCUGAAUGCCCAAUUUGCUCAUUCGCAAUUGCCCGGUCAACAAACUCGUUUACAUCGAGGUUCCUGUUUGAGAACUACACAUUGAUAGUGAAUGAAUACUUGGACUCCAAGAGGUUGAGGCAGGUGCUGUCAGACUCGGCGGAUGAGAUACAUCGUCUGGCUGGGGUCCACGAAAAUUAUGAACAUGACAAGGUGGUGCCGGUUUUUGUUUUCGAUUUGGAUUAUGAUAAACUUUUGCCACUGGAUAGGUACCACCAGGCAGUGGCAUUUGGGGAUAUGGUGGUUGCUGUGAGGACGAGGAGCUCACAAACAGUAAGUGACUACACCUGUAAUGGUCGACAUGUGCUUACAAUGACUAGAAAUCUUGAGCGCCCAAUCAUCGGCUCAGUUCUGCAGAGCAUGUGGGGGGUUUCACCCACGCAUCUGUCAUGGAGCCCUGAGCAUAACGCCACGGUUGUUGAUUACACUUGGAGCACUGGACAUACACCAUUUGGUCCUUUUUCAGAGACCAAAUCACUGUCUUUUGUGCAGAAAGAUGCAGCUCGUAGGAAUGUUCUUCUCACAACCCUGAACUACACAAUCACCAGCACAAUAGAUAUUUUGGAGUCAAUGGCGGCACAUGGCGGGGAGAAAAUACUUGUUAGAAAGAAAAGGCAUGUUGAAUUCAUUCAGAGGUGGAAUCUGCUCACAUAUAAACUGGAGAAGGUGGUCUCAGCCAUGUCACGCUUGGACUAUGACAAAGCAAUGUACUUUUUGAGGUCUUCAGACCAUGAUCUGUAUGAAAUUCACUCAUUGGUGUAUCAGGCAUCACAGGAGCUGGAGGCUUCACUGGUUUGCUUCAAAGAUCCACCAUUCCCAUGGGUCUCUGUUUCCAUGUCUGGAGUGUUUGUUUUUGGUUUCUUUUAUGUGUACUCCAAAAGAGACAAGUUGUUUAGGAGCAAAAGGAAACAGUUUUGA